CUGCAGACGAGGGAAACGAAAUAAACAUGCUAUUACCAAAGAUCUGUGAUAGCGUUUGAAAGUAUUUGAUGGAUUCUCGCAGAGUAGCUGGACCAUUGCUACGCAAGAAUGAGAAGAUGCCUCCGUCAAAACAAAAUGAAAAGGGCUCUCCUUUUGAUCUUCUUGUCAUCACUUUUGAUGUUUUCAUUGUUCAUUUGUUUCUCAAAAGUUGAUGACAAUGGGACCACAAGAGAGAUUGAGAGGUUUCAGCUGACCAAGGAACACAGCAUUAACUGCUCUGCUAUUUAUGACAUGGACCCAGUGGAGAUAGGGAAGACUCUGACUCUGAGAAGGAAAAAUACUUUGGUCCAAAAUGAUGAUAGCGUAGUUAACGCAACUUCAGACUGUGGCUGGUAUGUUGAAUCACGAGGGUUUUCCAACAUCCCUACCUCAAAAGCUGAAAAAGAAUUUCCCCUGGCCUACUCUCUUGUUGUUCACAAAGAUGCAGCUAUGGUGGAGAGACUCCUAAGGUCAAUAUAUGUGCCUCAAAACCUUUACUGCAUUCACUAUGAUCAGAAAUCAUCUGCCCAGUUUAUCUCUGCCAUGCAGGGACUGUCACGGUGCUUACCUAACAUUCUUAUUGCAUCAAAACUAGAGAGGGUGCAGUAUGCCAGCAUCACACGCCUUAAGGCAGAUCUCAACUGUUUAUCAGAUCUUCUGAAGUCAGAUGUAAAAUGGAUGUAUGUCAUAAACCUUUGUGGCCAGGACUUUCCCCUGCGCUCCAACUCAGAGCUUGUUGCUGAUCUUAAAAGUCUGAACGGGGCCAACAUGUUAGAAAGCACUCGACCCAGCGAGAUGAAGAAAAAACGUUUCCAAUUCCAGUAUGUUUUGAAGGACUACAACUUUGAGUAUCAGAAGCUUCCAGUAAAGACUUCAAAGAAAAAAGACCUGCCACCACACAACAUCGAAGUGUUCGUGGGAAGUGCAUACUUUGUGCUCUCCAGAGAGUUUGUGGGUUUUGUUCAAACAAGCCCCCUUGUGAAGGACUUCUUGGCCUGGUCAGAGGAUACAUACUCACCAGAUGAGCACUUUUGGGCCACCCUGAUCCGUGUUCCUGGAGUCCCUGGUGGAGUGAGUAGGUCUGACCCUGAUAUCACAGACUUGCAGAGUAAAGUGCGCCUGGUGAAGUGGCAGUACUUGGAGGGGUCUCUGUACCCAUCUUGCACGGGGAUGCAUAAGCGUAGUGUAUGCAUCUAUGGAGCAGCAGAACUACGGUGGCUCAUAAAUUAUGGUCACUGGUUUGCCAAUAAACUGGAUCCCAAGGUCGACCCAGUUCUUAUUGAAUGUCUAGAGCAGAAAAUAUGGGACAGACAGCUGGUAAUGAGUAUGUCAUAAGGCAUUUUAUUC